AUGUGGUACAAACUAAGGAUGUUAGGGCUGAUUUGGUUAAUGAGGCUAAAAAAUGAAGGUGAAAGUGAGGAGGGUAGUGAAGAUGAUUAUGUAGAAGAUCCAGAGUAUGCACAAGAAGACAAUGGCAUAUUAAUUGAUGAACAAGGAGAAAACCAUUUGUUAAGGAAAGGAAGAAAACAUGUAGAAAUAGAUGUAGAAGAUGAGGACAUGGAAGAUGAAGGUGAUGAGAAUAAUGGCAUACAGUUGAACAAAAGAAAUAAAAGGUUCAAAAAGGAAAAAUUUCUUGAGCUCCUAGAGUUUAGAGCUAAAACUGACAUGGGCAAAGAAAUCUUCGAUUUGGUGUUAUCAUUUGUAUCAGGAAAGUUGUUUAAGCAAGAAAUUAGGGAGUACACCCUAUGUGAAGGAAAGGAUAUAUUCUUUAAGAAGAAUGACCCUCAUAGAGUUAGAGCACAAUGUAAAGGUGUUAACUGCCCAUGGAUGUGUUAUGCUUCCAAAAUUGAUGAUAGCCCCACUUUUGUUAUCAAAAGUUAUGAAAAAGAACUAAGAGUUAACAAGGAUUAUGUGCUUGAAAUAUCUAGGAAUAAGGCAUAUAGAGCUCGACUUCUUGCAACAAAAACCAUUGAAGGGAGCUAUGAGGAACAAUAUGCAGCUCUUUGGGACUAUGCAGAAGAAAUCAAAUACACUAAUAAGGGAUCAACAAUAGAAUUCUUGACAGAACAUGCUGAGAAUGGGGUUCCACGGUUCAAGAGGAUGUAUUUGUGCUACCCUGGGUUAAGAGAUAGUUUUAAUGAGGGCAGUAGACCUGUUAUUGGUUUGAAUGGUUGUCAUAUAAAAGGUGUACAUCUAAGUCAGCUUUUGACAACAAUUGGAGUAGAUGGAAACAACCAAAUGUUUCCUGUUGCAUUUACCGUGGUGAAAAUAGAGAACAAAGAUUUAUGGAGUUGGUUUCUAAAUCUGUUGAGGAUAGAUUUGAAAAUUGAGAACUCCAACCAUUGGACUUUUAUCACAGCGGAACAAAAACGAUUGGAGCAAUCUUUGAAGGGUAUGUGGGAUGAAAGGGUACCUGAAGCUGAACAUCGUCAUUGUGCUAGGCAUUUGUAG